AUGACGGGAAUCCUGGAGAAGAGCCAGAUCGUGCCAAUUGUUACGGAAAUUUUACCAUCGGACAUUGACCGCGAGGCAGCAAAACUUGGUGACAAGUCCCAAAGGCUCACUGCCGUCCAGCCAUCUGCGAGGUUCGAGGCGGACACAGUGAGCACAGCUUUGCAUGUCCUAGAUGCUGAGCGAGACGCCGUUGCAAACCUGAGCCACAUCUAUCGUUUCGAAGAGUCUGCGCGCAAAGGCCUCGCUGACGCGAUCAAUGCCGUUGCCAAGUUACCUGGCGACGGUGGAAGAUUGAUAGUGACAGGAGUCGGGAAGAGAGGGAAAAUUGCCGAAAAAUGCGUUGCCACCAUGAACAGCUUGGGCGUUCGAAGCAGCUUUUUGCAUCCAGUCGAGGCAAUGCAUGGAGAUCUUGGAAUGAUUGGGCCGCAGGACAUAGUCUUGAUCAUCACCUAUUCCGGGCGGACCCCUGAGCUUGUAUCAAUGUUGCCUCAUAUUCCUCAACACCUUCUGCGCAUCGUCAUAUCCGGCUAUCUUGACUCGAAAGACUGCCCUCUCCGUCAAGCUCCCAGUGCUGGCGAAUGUAUUUUCUUGCCCGCGCCGAUACCGGUCUCUGAGACCCAGUCCUUCGGCAUCGCAGCUCCAACUAUUUCGACCACGGUGGCCCUUGUUUUGACAGAUGCACUGGCACUGGCAACUUCCAGGAUCUUACAUAUGGACCCACAAGCGGCGUUCCGCAAGAAUCAUCCCGGCGGUGCGAUCGGUAAAGGGAGCUGA